AUGAAAUCCGCCCACGUCUUCGCCAAAGGCGAGAGUGAAUUGGAGGUCAAGAUACAGGAUAUUCCCGUCCCCUCCCCCGAGCCGGAUCAGGUCGUGAUCAAGGUGGUCGUGGCCGGCACCAACCCCAAGGACUGGAAAUAUCCGCUAUGGAUGAAAAGCGCGAGCGGCCUCAACACCGGCGACGACGUGGCCGGCUACGUCGAAGCCGUGGGAUCCAAUGUCACCGAGUUCAAGCCAGGCGACCGAGUGGCUGCCUUCCAUGAGAUGGGCAAGCCUCACGGUGCAUUCGCCGAGUACGCCAUCGCGUGGGAGAAGACGACCUUCCAUCUGCCCGCGUCGACAUCGUUCGAGGAAGCCGCCACCAUUCCUCUGGCGGCCAUGACCGCCGCCGUGGCGCUCUUCUGCCGUCUUGGCCUGCCGGAGCCGUGGGUGCAAGUCUCCCAAGCCCGUAAGGAUGCUUCGGCAGGCGGUGUCGUGGUCUAUGGCGCCUCGGGGGCCGUCGGCGCGUUCGCAGUCAAGCUCCUGGCCCAUGCCGACAUCCAUCCCAUCAUCUGCGUGGCGGGUCACGGCAUCCCGUAUGUGGAAGGCCUCAUCGACCGAUCCAAGGGCGAUACCAUCAUCGACUACCGCGGCGGCGAGGACAAGCUGGUGGCAGGUCUACGUGAGGCCAUCCCUAAAGGUCAGAAGCUGCUGUAUGCUUUCGACGCCAUCGCCGAGAAGGGCAGUUACCAGCAAAUCGCAAAGGUUCUGGACCCCGAGGGCCACAUCACCCUCGUGCUCCCCGUGCGAGACCAGGAGGCUAUUCCCAAAUCCGUCCAUCAGACUAUGACCACGGUUGGUUCCGUGCACGGCAAGCCCGACGACCUUAUCGAGUUCGGCUACGCGUGGUUCCGCCUCUUCAGCCUCGGUCUCAAGGAGGGUUGGUUCAAGGGACACCCGUUCGAGGUGGUCCCUGGCGGUUUGGACGGCGUGCAGACCGGAUUGAAUAAUCUGAAGGACGGCAAAGCAAGUGCUGUCAAGUACGUAUACCGCAUUGAAGAUACCGAGGGCGUGGAUCGGAGUAAGAUUUGA